AUGGGGACAGUAUCCAACCUACAUAUCUAUCUCACAACGGAGCUCUUCGGACACCUCCUACACCCAGACAUACCUCUCCAGCACGCGAACCUCAAGAUUGCAGACAUCGCUGCAGGAAUCGAAAUAGUACUUACCGAUUUAAGUCUUCGUCUUUCGCCGUCAGUGCAGCUUGUUGCGUUCGACUCUUCAUUAGAUGCCUUUCCUCCCAAAGAGGGUUACCAUUACGAUACUAUUCAUGUCCCCAAAGUAGUGUUUGUCUUAUCGGAUGAGGAGAUCGUAGCCAUUGUCAGCAAACUGUUCAAACUCCUAGAGCCUGGUGGUUACCUUCAAUCUGAAGAGAUUAACGGUGAAUGCAGAACCGCCGCUCUUGAGGAAAUAGUGCGGAUUACUCGCUCCGUAGACCUCAGGUUGGUGUCUCACUGGGGUGUUGGGCUCGUGGAUGCUAAGACGGAUAGUCGUGAAGAACCUGGAUACAUGGAUUACACUUUUCAUGAGUGUGUGUUAAUGGUACACGAUAUGAUUGCUCGGAAGACAAGGAAUGAGGAAGUAGGACAACGUUUGAAGAAGAUUCUCCCGGAGGUUUUAAGGAGACAUACAAAGGGCAUUUUAUGCGUGGACCAGGCAGACUGUUAG